UGCUUCUCAUACAGAUCUCUUCCACAAGAGAAGGUUUGCACAAGAAGCAGAUCUUCUUUAGCUCAGGGGCGCGAAGGCGAGCGCAGAGCAAUGGACAUCAUCAGAAGCCUUGAAGGGAGGGCAAACUCAUAGAUUUUCCAGCUGGGAGUCAAAGCAAGUGCUCCUAACAAUCUGAGAGCCACAGGAACACCCGGGCAAGGAAAUGGGAAACUCGCUGCUUAUGCCUGGUUCUGACAAGACCAUCACAGCACUACUUGUAACACUCCUGAGUUGUGCUGUUUGCGUCCCCCUUGAUGGAGAUACCCUUUGUGGUGCAGGAGACCCAGCGACGUACAGCAUUGUGUUCACGGGGAAAUGGAGCCAAGUAGCUUUUCCAAAGCAGUAUCCACUGUAUAGACCUCCAGCACAGUGGUCCUCACUCCUAGGCGUGGCCCACAAUUCGGACUACAGCAUGUGGAAAGCCAACGAGUAUGCCAGCAACGGCAUGCGUGACUUUGUUGAAAGAGGGGAACCCUGGGCACUCAUGAAGGAAAUAGAAGCAGCUGGAGAGAAAAUGCAAAGCAUUUACGGAAUCUUCUCUGCUUCUGCUGUGGCCACCGGGACGGGACAGACUUCAACUGUCUUUGAAGUCGAUGCAAGACACCCCUUAGUAUCCAUUGCAGUACGAAUCGUGCCCAGUCCUGACUGGUUUGUGGGGAUUGAGAAUUUUAAUUUGUGUGAAAAGGAUCACUGGAAACACCAAGUAUCUAUGGACCUAUUCCCAUAUGAUGCUGGAACUGAUAGCGGCUUUACGUUUUCCUCACCCAACUUCGCAACAAUCCCCCGGGAUACAAUCACAGAAAUAACUUGUUCUUCUCCAAGUCACCCAGCAAACUCAUUUUAUUAUCCCAAGCUUAAAACUCUGCCUCCUAUUGCCCGAGUGACCAUGGUAAAACUUAAAAGAAAGAAGUUGGGGUUCCAAGUCUCUCAACCAAACGUCACAACCAUAGAAAAUGAAAUAGAGGAUUCAGUCUCUGAAACGCCCUUGGAUUGUGAGACGUCCCUCUGGUCUUCCUGGGGCCUUUGUCGUGGCACAUGUGGAAAUUUAGGAGUGAAAAAACGAACUCGGUAUAUACUUCUUCAGCCUGCCAACAAUGGAACUCCCUGCCCAGAUCUGAGUGAAGAAACACAGUGUGAACCAGAUAAUUGUGUCUGAGAUAAUUUCUUUGGACAAUUGUUUACCUCAUAUUAUUUGGGAGAUAUGUAGGGUAUCUAUGUGUUAAUGUUUUUUAUAGCUCAAGGUAGUUGUAAUAUGUUGUUGACUUUUAUAGAUACAUACUUAGAUACGUUUGUUUUCUACACAUUUAUUGUGAACUCCUACAGUGCCACCCAGCGGUCACAAAUGUCAUAAACUUGGAGUUACUAACAUCUGUAUGGAGAAAGGAGGCAUUGAAGAGAGUUUUCAUCUCUUCUGCUUCUAGAAUGUAUUUAAUGUAGGAAAAUGCUUUUGAGGAAGAAUGAACUAGUUUCUACUGACUUGCACUAUGCCAGAGAAUAAAAUGCAUAUGUUUUUAAGGGGAUCAACUUGAACGAAAAAAAAUACCAAGUCUCUCUCAAGAGGGAAGAAGUCCUAAUAUAAAAUUAUAUGGCUAGUAAUCAAAUCAAUCCUUAUUGCAGUCAUCCUAUGACUAGUAAUAAGCAAGGUAGAACAAAGUAUCCUUAAUCUGUUCAUGUGCAAUAAUUCAGUUGUGUAGGACUUCCAGGCUGGAACACAAGAAUCCCAACGGUUGUCAGUUUGUGUAGCCCAAAUAUGGUAACCCUAAGCUUGCAGGCUCCUCUUCCCAUUAUCCCAUUCCCUCCUUUCUUCACAAAGCAUCACAUUGAGAACCAUGCUACUUCAGGUACAUAUCAAUCCACGGUUUUUGCAAACAAACAACAAAACUUGGUAGGGAAUUGACAAGAGGAGUACCUGCCAACAUAUCAAUUUCCUGAUAUGCAAAGGAAUGACUUUUCUGCUCUGGAUCACCUCUCCAUCAGCCACCUCAAAUUCUAGUGUUGCAAGAGAGACAACAGCUUUAUUCCUACACCUGUCCCUAAUUACUGGUUUCUGAUAAUGAGAAGGACCAAAUGUUAUAUGCUUUCAUCACCAGCAGAGGGGUCUGCAGAUAUGUUCAAAAGAGUCAAGAUGGCAAGAUGGCUCAAUCAAAGCCCCAUCUGUUUUUUAUGGGCAUCACCUGGUCACCAGGUUUGAGGGAGAAAGCAUAGGUGGGACACAUGUUUGCAGGCAGAAGAUCCCAAUUUAACUCUUGGCAUCUGCAGUUGAAAGUCUCAGGAAGAAGGUAAUGCAGAUAAUUCCCUGAAGCUUGGGAGGGACACUGGAGAGAGUGGCGCCUGGCAGAUGCCAUGGAAAGCUAGCCCUAUGCCAUAAUCACAAAAUGGCUUCCAGUUCAGCAGGCAAAGCUUGUCUUCGCUUUGGGGGUAGAAUGGAAUAAAAAUAGCAAAGAAGGUCAGCUUUUAGGAGACACUGAGAAGGCUUAAAAAAAAAAAAA